UUCUCCUCCGCGGGAAGCUGGAGGUCGGAGCUGCUGGUGGUGAGGGGGCCUCGCCGCGGUUCGCAGCCUCUCGGCAGCGGGACGAGCCGGGGGUGCUCAGCCGGCUCAGCUGCGAGCCGCUCCGGGGGCAGCAGGAGCGGCGGCCUCGGCCGCCCGCCCGCUCGCUUGUCGCCGAUGGAGGCCAGCCUGACGUGCGCCGUGUGCCUGUCCCUCUUCGAGGAGCCGGUGACGCUGCCCCUCUGCUCGCACAACUUCUGCCGGGACUGCGUGCUGGAGUGCCUGGCCUCGGCCGAGGCCGCCCGCCUGCAGCAGCAGCGGGGCCAGGGGCAGGCCCGCCUCUCCCGGGGGGGGCCGGGGCCCGGCGGCGGCGGCGGCGCGGGCGGCGCCCGGGUGUCGUGCCCGCUGUGCAGGAAGCUGUGCCCGCUGCCCCGCGGCGGGGCCGCCUCGCUGCCCGUCAACACCACCCUGGCCGAGGUGGUUAAGCUCUACCGGUCGGGCACGGCCAAGGCGGGGGAGGCAGAGCCGGGGCCGGGCCUGCUCUCCCCGCUGCCGCUCGGGGGAACCUGCCAGAAGCACCCGAGCCGGCUGGUGCAGCUCUACUGCCGGAUGUGCCGCCAGGCGGGGUGCGGGCAGUGCGUCUCGGAGGAGCACCAAGGCAUCUUCCACUCCGUCAACCUCAUAGACACGGUGUACCAGGAGGAAAAAUUAACUUUCUUCAGCAGUCUGAAAAAAAUGAGAAUAAUAAAUGAGAAGCUGAUGAAUGAAAUCUCAAGUCAACCGAAAGAUAUGGAUAUGGUGCUGAACACUGAUGCAGAAAUAAUUGCACGGGAAUUUGGAGAAAUUGUCAAAACUCUGGAAAUGAAGAAACAGCAAUUGCUAGAAGAUGUUGAAAAUCAAAGAAGUAAAAAAGAGAAGGAGUUUCAGAUUUGGAAGAAAAUGAAGGAAACUCACAAGAAGACCAUUGAGAAUUUUUUGAAGGAUUGUGAAAAGCUUGUCCAUGAGUGUGAUCCUCAGCGUUUCCUGGAGGUGGCCUGUGGCUUGAAUACAAGAAUGAAAACUCAGCUUGACCUGAUGAAUAUAGCAUCCAGCUAUGAAAAACCACUGGACUAUACUCAAAAGAAGUUGGAUAUCAAACCUGUCGUUAAUGAAAUCUUGGCUUUGAAGUUAAUGCCUGUUACUGUAGGCAUUGUUAAAGAUCUACCAUCUGGAGGAAAUGAGAGCUCAACAAAAAAUACUCUGUUUAAAAAUAACAUAAAGGAAUGGCAGGACCAGAAGAAUAUACCCAACACUUUUCUUCCUGUAGCAGGACAGGAGGAAGCACUAGCAGAUGGCAGCAGGAUCUCUACUCGUUUAAUGUCAAUAUCAGAAAUGUCAGCAUUCCAAAACAUGAGUCAUGAGGAGUUACGUUACAAAUACUAUAUGGAACGUCAGAAGCUCACUGAUGAGUCCAAGACGCACACUUUACCUGCAAAUAAAAAGUAUAAGUUUGUAACUGCUGAGGCUUUGAAGGAUAGGUCCUCAGGGACUCCUUUUGUAUCUUCACCUACCAAAGCAAAUAACACAGAUAAAGUAAAAAUGGGAACCCUGCAAAGAGCAGAUGGCUUUGAGAGAAGCUUUUCUGGAACCAGUAAUCACAGCAUCCCAUCCACAAGUACAAACUUUUCUGAAACGAAUGGUGACUUAAAAUUACUUCACGAGAGAGGUUCCCAGGAAGUAACCACUCCAGCCUUAUCAGAAAACAUUAAAGACUUAGUUAUUAAAGAAAAAUUGCCAAUGCAGGCAUCGGCAGUUAUUGUUUCCAGUGAAAUGGACACAAAUUCUAGUGCUCCAUCCACCUUAAAACCAGCAGCAGCAGUAGCUGUUCCUUCUUCAAAUUCAGAAUUUCUAGAUGUUUCUGCAGAGAGACUUUCUGCUUCACCUUUUGCUUUUAGUGCGUGUAACAACUCAUUACCCAGAUUUAUUAAAGAUACAACUACAUUUUCCUUUAAAAAGAAAGACAGGAAAUAUGUUUUCCCUCAGUUUUAUCUAGGAAAAUGUGAUCGUGUGGAUAAAACUGAUAACCAGGAUGAAAGCAAAUUUAGAAAACAUGGUCCUGUAAUCAAAACCACCGUUGGUGAUGCUUCAGCCAGUCCUAAAGUAGAUUCAUCAGAAAGUGAGAAGCCAGACUUUUCAUUUCCCUUUGGCAAUUCAGAAAGAGAUUGUUUUGCAGGAUUGGGAGUCAGCAAUUCCUUUAAGGUUUUACCAUUAUCCUCAUUUUUUAGCCAAUCUGAGAAGCCAUCUGACAAAAAUACAUCAUCUCCCAUGAGAGAAAAAACACUUUCUGCGAAGGAAGCUGCAGAAUAUGGUACACAGGAACCCUCUGUCCCACGGGAGCAAAAAGCUAAUGCCACAGAAUCCAUCACAACCAUAGCUUGCGGUAUUUCAGAAACCAGCGCUGCAGCUGGGGUGAAUGAUGUCUCAGAGUCCCCCCUUCUCCUCAGUAACUGUGUAUUUUCCUUCAAAAAUAACCCUCUUCAGUUGCCUUCACCAGUAUUUUCAUUUGGAAGUACUGUCAGAAAUCCCUCCGAUUCGCUGACUUCCUCUGUGUUUUUGUCUGGAAAUGGUACUGAAAAAACAGAAAAAGAGAAGAUGAAAUCUGUGGAUGAAACACCCCUAAAUCUAGGGAAGCCUGUAUCUUCAGAGCGUGUGGAGCCUGCUUCUAGACAUAGUCAUCCAAAACGUGAAGGUUCAUUCUUUCCUAGGAACUCACCUAAGAAAACGGAAAGUGCAGAAAUGCUUGCUGAUAGUAAUUCUUGUAGUUCAGUGGUCCUUCCUGUUAAAUACGAGACUGCCUCUUCCACUCAACUCGCGACAGCCACAAAACAAGAAACAAAGGUAAAAGAUGAAGGAAGCGAAGCUGUUGCUGCAAACAACUGUCGCUGUUCUAGGAGGGAAGAUGAACCUGAGCCUGGACUGUUUGAGAAUGCAGCUUGUUCCGUUCCUGGCACGGGCACUGAUCUGUCUUUAGGAGGUUCUGUGCUUACAGUAAAUGAGGCAGGAGGAAUGCCAAGUGACAGUGAUUCUGACACUGAGGAGCUCAGUCAAACAUCCACCUCUACAGAUACUAGCAGUGCAUCAGAGUAUUUUUCUGUUGCUGAAGACAAAAUAUCUACUAGAAGAAAAUCAGAGACAUGAAGAGAAAGUAAAAUGGGAGGUAACUAUACCUAAAUAAGCUGGAAUAAAUGCCACUUAACGCAUUAAAAAGUGGGGAUACCUGUGAUUGUACAGCUCUUGCUCUCCCUGAUUCUUGGCAAUUGAGGUAUCUCUGUGUUAGAAACAUAACUGCUUAUCAGCAAGUACAAUGUGCUGAAGUGACCGCUAUAGUACAAACCCAAACUGAAGAAACAACCAAAGAUGACAGGUCUUGUUAAAGGCCAUGUAUGCUGUGUCUUCAAGAAUGCAGACCCUCCGAGAGGUGUCAUUGGGGUAUGGGGGGGGGGGGGGGGGGGGGGGUCCGAGGUGUCCCAGGAAGCAGUAUAUUGCCUUUCCAGUCCAGCAGCACUUGCACUAGGGUUAAAUCAGUAAGAGAGCACAGACAGUAGCGUUCACCUCGCCAGCAGGCCGUGGCAGGGAAAAUAAAGGAUGUUGAAGGGCAUUACUGAAAAUUGCUUUGUGUAUCUCCCUCUGGCUGUUUUGGUUUUCUGUGAUGUAUUUAAUGUAUACUGAAGGUGCAACUUCUAGUGGAAUGUCAAUAAUUCUCUUAGGUUUUUGAAUUCGAAACGCAUCAGUGUUCUUGUACCUUGCAGAAGGGUGUCAGCUAUACUUCUGAAACGCUGCCAUUGUGAAAAGUCACUGUCACAACUGAUUUUCAGUUUGUUUUGGCAACAGUUUGGGAAUCGGUGGACAGAGCUUUAGGAGAAUCUAGCUUUUAAAACAAAGAAUUCUCCUUUUAACAUUUGUGUAACGACAGGAAGAAAGGCAGACAGUGCUGCUCACUGUAAGUAGUAAUGAUCCAGAACUCACUAAUUAGUCUGUGGAACAGGAUACGAAGCGAGGAUAAAAAUACCGUAUUUUCUAAUUUAUUAACCACUUCGUAGUAUCCAAGACAUAAUGGUGCUUUAGCUAUUAAAAUAUGCAGAUAGUAGUACUACUUCAGAUUAAAACUCCAUUUCAUUUAGUGUUCACUCUCCAGCAAGAGCUGGUGCCAGAUUAUAAUAAAUGAAUCCUGCAUUAAGUAGAUAUGUCAACUGGCAAGUACUAGAUCAGAAUGCAGAAUGUUUAAUAUGCCUUCAGAAUUUUUCACUGGCAACUAGAUAGCAAUCUUAAAAAAAAAAAAAAAUCCAAAUUAUCUUCGUAACUUUGUAAGAGAAAUAUUACUUAAAUUUAAAUUUCUGCAAUGCUUACCAAUAUACUUACUGUGACAAAAUACUUAGAAAUACUAUUCUUGGUUUAAAAAAUCUUGAUCUGAUUUUGAGUUGCGUUAAAUUCUUGGCCUUAGUUUUUCUGUGGCAGUUCAUUCCUCUAUUAAAUGUGCUGAAAAAGUUUCUAUAAUUUAUAAAACUUAUUAUAAAUGCAAACGCGAAGGGAAGAUCAGUAAAGAAUGUGGUGAAAAUUCUCUUUAUUGUUACAGUUCUUUAUGUUCAUCUGUUAAAUCCUACUGUAUUUCGGUUUUCUCCUAAAAAUUGUCCUGCUUUUAUCUAGAGAUUCUUGUCAUGUUCUUCAGCAUGCAUGGGAGAAGUGUUAAAUAGGUACUAAGUUAAAUUACUGAAAGACAGAGGCUGACUGUGAUGAUGGUGGUAGAGUGUCAUGGAUGGUGGUUGAUCUCACUACAGUGAAAGCAAGAGAAAGGGAACCAUUUUAGACAGAUAAGGCACCUACAGACCUUGUUGCCAGAAGGUUGUAGAAAUUGUUUUUCUGUUACAGUGACAUAAAAAAAAAAAUCUUAGUAAGUUAAGGUUAUUAAGAAACCUUACUGAGUUUCUUUAAAUUGCCUAUUUUCAAUGCAUCUUCUGUUCAUAUCUAUUAGUUUCAUGAGAGCUUGAUCUGCUUUAAAGUUUAACUUCGUCUUUUAGUGAAAAGACACCAUUAUAGGCUCAAAAAGUGAAUAACCAGACUGUGAUAGACUGCUUUUGAAAGCAGAAAUUGUUGCUGUGUGGGUUCAAUACAGCCCUAGGACUGCUUUUGACGCAUGGGAAGUUGUUGUCUAUGUGCAUUAUAGCUCAGCAUUAAGGUUUUACAGGGGAGAUGAAUAGUAAGCAGGAUGUUUUUACUUACAAUAUGUCACAGUAAAAUUACAGUCCACCCCAGAUAGUAAAUCAGUAGAAUUACCAGUUUUCACAAGUUAAUUCCUUGGUCAUUUUGACUUAAUCACUUGGUCAUCUGUCGCUAUUGGCUCUUUACUAAAAGCCAUAACAGGAGUGAGGUACUUUUUAUACGCGUCAUUAAAAGUGAAAUGCUGACUGCUUUUACUAACGCUUUGAGGCAUUACAGUCUUCAGCAUAUACAAGUAGUACCCUAUGACAGACCUAGUAAGUUUGGUUUUCACCCAGGAUUUCAGAUUUACUGGUGAAGUAACUGAGAACACAACAGGACCAAUUUCUCACUUUAUUCCUUGGUCAAUUAACUGUGUCUUGGCUGGAAAGAUUACUCCAUUUAUAUUGAGAAACAUGAACAUGGAAAGGACUAAAUAAGGUCGCUUCUACCCUAGUUGAGGAACAGUUGUGCAAGACUGACUUACAUAUGGCAUGACUUGCCAGAGAGUAAAGAAUAAUUUGAGUAAAUUUUAUUUUCCAGGUAGAGUUAAAGCAGUCUGUUCUACCACUGUGUUCUGUUUUUGUUUCCUAUGUUGAAAAACUGGGAGGAAAAAAGCUUAAGUCAGUUGAUGGUAGCUCAGCAGCAGUACCUUACUACAUACAGGCUUUCCCCCCAGUAUCUCCUAGCAACGUGCUACAUGUAGUUUAAUGCUGCCUAAAGAGAUUUCAAGUCAAACACUUCAUCAGUGAUCAUCUGAUGAACACCAGAAGAAAUGGGAUUUGGAAAUGUCCUUAAUGCACACUUUGCUUAUUAUCAGUAGAGAAUGCCUUACAUCAACAUCUUGGUCAUCAUUAUAAAAUCAUGUGUGGCAAUAGGGACCAUUAUAAAAGCUUAAUUUUCCUACAUUAUCUAAACAUUAAUAUGUGUGUAUAUAUUUUUUUCAGACUACAAGUAGACUAAAAUGUAGUGUUAAACUUAAGAAUUUUCCAGAAUAGUAUGAAAAUACUGCUGAAAACUUUGUUCAUCCCAGCCAAAAAAAAAAAAAAAACAAACAAAAAAAAAAAAAAAAAAAAAAAAAAAAAAACAACAGCCAAGAAAAUAGUUAGGAAAUUUAUUUUAUGAAACUUGAUUAAUUUGUACUGCAAGGGACUUUUUGACAAGUAUGGUGGAGCUGUCCCAGAUCUUUCCGAUUCAAGGAUAGAAGAGGUGAAAAAUGAAGCAAUUCUACAUAUGGUGGAUUAAUAAAAUGUUCCAAACUUCAUUGUACUGAUACAAAACCCUAUUAUACUAAAAAUUUUGUAAACUAGAACUGCAGACUGGUUUAAAAAGCUUUUUAUAAUGGUUCAUGAAGGUACUGCUUCAUUACUUAAUAGAAACCUUGGAAAAUCAGAACAACUUAUUUUAUGAUAAUUCCCAAAAUAAUUGCUGAACAUCCUUCACAAACAGACUGAAAGUUUCCAGUGCUGUCCUACUGAGGGGCUAAUCUCACCAGCUGUCAGAACUGUGACAUUGCUCAGUAUAUUUCUGAGAGCUCUUAACAUAUAUAUCACUGUCUGGGG